UAUCGGAAUGCAGCCUAAACUAAACCAGUUCCAGGCAGCACUAGUUCAGCUGAAAAAACAGAUCUAAAUAAAUCUUUUAUAAUAUAUUUAUUGAAUAUUGGAUUCCAAGUUUUGAAAGGGUAAAAAUGAGUAAAAAUGUGCGUAAAAUGGUUCCAGGUGAUGGCCUCCGAUCAUUACGAAGUACUAUGUUAUUUCGUGCAGUCAAUUAUGAAUUAUAUAUUAAGCCGAACAGAGCUAUCAUGAUUUUCGGUAUUAUAACAAUGUUGGGUUGUUCAGGAUAUAUGUUUUACAUGAAUCGCAAUCAUAAAAGGAACAGUUAUGAAGCUAUGGUUAAAUCAGACAAUACAGUAGUAUUAGUAAGGAAAGAGUCUAAAUGGACAGACUGAAUAAGAAAUUCUAAUGACCAGUUUGUUACAACAUUUUGUAACUAAUUAUUUUAAGCAAAUUCUAAUAUACAUAUAUCUUAUGUAAGUCUGAUAAGUCUAACAUAAUUGUACAUUAUACUUUAAUGUUGUAUCAACAAAUUA